CGACAACACGCCCAGACAAAGCACCCGCCCCAGCUCUCGCCAUGGCCUACAACUUUGUCAGGUCGUACAUAGACACUUUCCGCGAGCGCACCGCCGCCAUCAGCCACACAUCGACCUUCCGCGAGACGGGCCAGAUAACACCAGAGGAGUUUGUGCUCGCCGGCGACUUUCUUGUCUUCAAGUUCCCUUCUUGGCAGUGGGCUGAUGCCUCGUCGCCCUCGAAACGCGUCUCAUACCUGCCCGAGGGGAAGCAGUUCUUGGUAACGCGCGGCGUGCCCUGCCACCGACGGCUCGACGACAACUUUGCCGGAGAGGCUGGCCAGGAUGAAACCAUAGUCAGAGACGGCUUCGCUGCUGGAGAGGGCGCAACCGACGACGACGGCUGGCUGCGCACCGGCGGCAUGGCAGCUAGCCAGGAGGCCAAGGUCCGCGACGUGCGGACCGUGGACGAGAGCGGCAACCUCGGCGCAGCAGAAGACGACGACGAGAUACCCGACAUGGAGGAUAUCGAAGACGAUGACGAGGCCAUCAUCAGGGACCCGCAGGCCGAGUCAAACACCCAAGCUCCUCUGCGCACAUAUACUCUCUACAUCACAUACUCGGCGCACUACCGGACUCCGCGAUUAUAUCUCUCUGGCUACGGCUCCACCUCUGUCCCGCUAAAGCCCCAAGAGAUGAUGGAGGACAUUGUGGGAGACUACAAAGACAAGACAGUCACUAUCGAGGACUUUCCCUUCUUUGAGAACCCUCUCAAGACUGCCUCGGUGCAUCCUUGCAAACACGCGUCGGUGAUGAAAGUGCUGCUCGACCGCGCCGACGCUGCGUUGAAGCUGCGGCUCACCAAACUCAAGGCUGGCAAAGACGUGAGCAAGCUCGAUAGCGGCAUGGAGGCGCUCGUCGACGACACGCGGUUACUGAAACUAACUGAGCAAGCCAAGAGCAAGGAUGGCGAAGAGGCCAAGGACGACUGGGAAGUGUUGAGCGAGGGUGACGACGACGAAGUAGCUAUUAGAGUGGAUCAGUACCUGGUCGUCUUCCUGAAAUUCAUGGCCAGUGUCACACCAGGUAUAGAACACGACUUCACCAUGGGGGUCUGAUUGUUGUCAGUCUUUUUUUGGCACAGGGAUUGGCGUUUUGUGGCAUCAUUAUCAUCAUAGGGUUGGCAAUCUGCUGAACAGGCGUAGCGAUAGAUGUGGAAGGGUAUAACGUAGCAAUAUCAAUGAUCGAACUUUCUUCUUGUAUUUUGAAAGAAC